AUGUACCACCAUAACAAUGGCGAGCUUGCCAGCUUCCACUUCCUCCCGCCCCCAAACCCUUCCUCCUCCUUCACCACUCACCACCACAUGAACAUGGCCUUGCCCCCUCAAGCCUACUUCCCGCCCUCCUUUGAUCCUGCCGCUCUACUCGCCGACGUCGACGACGUGGCAGCAGCCUUUGAGUUGGACGCUAUCCUACUAGCAGAAGAAGCGGCUCACCUCGCCGGCGGCAAUGGCUCGCCCAGCUCGGGCUCCGACGCCGGUGGCGGAAGCUACCUCCAGGUCACGCACCUCCGCGGAGCCAACCGCCGCCUCCUCGACGAGCUCAACCGCGCAUUGUGCGAGUGUGCCGGCGCUCGCCGCGAGAGCGCCCAGCUCAGGGACGAGAAGGCCAAACUGAAUGAGAAGCUCGAGCAGCUGCUACAGCAAUCGGCACCGGAGAAGAAGGCCUCGAGCAAUCACAGUGGCUGCUCCUCGGAGCCAUGCAAGAACAGCACAGCUGCUGCAGCUUCUAUCGAAUGA